AUGGGAGGCAAGUCGGCAGAAGAUGGACUUGAUGAGAAUGGCCACUACACCCUGGUGCUCGUUCGACAUGGGGAGUCUCAGUGGAACAAGGAGAACCGCUUCACAGGAUGGGUGGAUGUUCCCCUCGCUGAGACUGGAAUCGACGAGGCCAAGAGAGCAAGCAACAGCCUUAAGAGCGAAGGAUUUAGCUUCGACGUCAUGUUCACCUCCCUUCUUCAACGCGCCAUCAAGACUGGCUUGCUCAUAUUGGAAGACCUCGGCCUCCUUUGGAUCCCUGUGGACAAGGACUGGCGACUCAACGAGCGCCACUAUGGAGCUCUCCAGGGAUUGAACAAGAAAGAAACUGUGGAGAAGCAUGGCAGUGAGCAGGUGAACCUCUGGAGACGCUCCUACGACACCCCUCCUCCUCCCAUGUCGCCUGACAGCCCAUACUGGGCGGGUAAUCAGCCACAGCACAAAAGCCUGAAGGACCUUCCAAGCACUGAGUGUCUCAAGGACACUGUUGCUCGAGUCCUGCCGUGGUGGAAGGAAGUUUGUGCUCCAGCGAUCAAGAGUGGCAGGAAGGUCCUUGUGGCAGCUCACGGGAACUCCCUCCGAGCUCUUGUCAAGUACCUCGACGGUCUGAGCGACGAGGAGAUCUGCUCUCUCAACAUCCCCACCGCCAUCCCCCUUGUCUACAAGCUCGACAAGAACCUCAAGCCCGUGAGGGCUGAAGGCGCUUACGCUCCUCUUUCCGGCCGCUACCUCGGUGACCCGGAGAUGGUCAGAAAUGCGAUCGAAGGCGUGGCGAACCAGACCGGAAAGAAGUGA